AUGGCUCUCCCUCUCUCCGCCUCCUUCCCUCGGCCCUGCUGUUCCCCUCGGCCGCCUCCUGCCACUGGCUUCCCCUCGGCGCCUCCUGCCACUGGCUUCCCCUCGCCGCCUCCUGCCACUGGCUUCCCCUCGGCCGCCUCCUGCCACUGGCUUCCCCUCGGCCGCCUCCUGCCACGGCCUGGCUCCGCCCCCUCAAAGCUCCGGCCUCAGAGCUCUCUCCUGCCAAGCCCAAGGCCAAGCUCCACGCCAAAAAGCUCCGUUCUUGGGUCGGUACAAAGAGCCAUCCCAAGCUUUUCUCUUUAUUCCCUCAGCUCUGUCCACAGCUCUAAGAGAAGCUCUAAACCAAGCUCUACCCUCAGCUAUCCCACGCUUCAUCCGAGGAGCUCUACCCUACAAAAGCCAGGAAGCUCAACCAUCGGUGUCCUCCAGCGCUACCUCAAGCUUCAUCCCCAGAGCUCUCCGAGCAUCCUACGGUCAUCACCAUUCUCCGUGAGUCCUGCCCCUGGCUCUCCUAAGCCCAGAGCGCAACGUCUGAAGCUCUACCUGAUCCUCCACACGCGGUGGGCGGCGCAGAAGGAACAGCCGAGCGAGACGCCCUCCUGCCCUCACGCCCUCCCGCCUUCCGCUACGCUAAGGAAUGUGACGCAACCCGCGGAUUACGCCCAAUGA